GAUACUUGCACGAUGUCCGGCGCUGCGGAUUCCAUCAAUGCCAUGGAGGCCAAGGGUCCUCUCUCUGAGGAGCAGAAGGUCUACAUUAGCUCUGGUAUCAAUCCUGUCAUUCCGGACGUUCAGAUGAGAAAACGCUUCAGUUUUCUGUCGCUCUAUGCUAUCUUCGUUGCUGGGACUGCAGGAUGGGAAGCGACCAUCUCUUCGCUUUACCAGGUUCUCGUCGCUGGAGGUCCGACAGUACUGGUUUGGGGCUUUGUCAUCUCUGCUGUAGCAGCAUGUUGUAUUGCAUUCUCCUUGGCCGAGUUCGCAAGUAUCUGGCCGAGUGCAGCUGGACAGUACCAUUGGGCAGUUGCUCUGGCUCCCAGAAAGUACAAGGCUGUCGUGGGCUGGUACAGCGCUUGGAUUUUGUUGAUGAUGAACUUGUUGUCGUCUCUCAGUGCCAUGUUUGCCGGGGCCUUUUCUCUGCAAGCGGCGGUCCUCAUCUCGGUCGACAGCUAUACCAGUGAGAGAUAUCACACCUGUCUGAUCAUUAUUGCCAUCAUAACACUCGCCAUGCUGAUAAACAUCUUCAUGCCCCAUUCUCUUCAUUACAUCUCCCUUGUCGGCACCUUCACGCACGUUGCUGGCUUUUUCGCCAUCAUCAUUACCCUCCUGGCCACCACCAAAAACAAGAACUCUGGGAAGGAGGUCUUCGGAUCGCUUGAGAACUACACGGGCUACCACAAUACCGCCGCUGCAUUCUUCAUUGGCUUACUCCCCACCGCGACCGGCUUCUCAACUCUAGAUCUGCCUGCCCGGUAUGCAGAGGAGACCAAGAAGCCACACGAGGAUGUCUCCCGGGCCAUGUUCUGGGGCGUUUUGACCUCCGCGGCUAUUGGACUACCUUUUGUCCUCACCAUCGCAUUCUGCAUGGGCGAUCCUGCGGUGCUGCUUACUUCUCCAAUCGCAAGUCAUAGCCCGCUUGCAGCGAUCGUAUACAAUUCCACAGGCUCUAUCGGAGCUGCAAUCACGCUCGCUUGUACGAUUAUCAUCGUCGCAGUGGUAUCCGCAAUUGACUGCAUGGGUGGCAUCAGUCGUAUCAUCAUGGCCCAGUCUCGAGAUGGUGUUAUACCUUGUGGACACGUCUUUGCGAAAAUCAAUCUUCGUUGGAACACGCCCAUCAAUGCAGUCCUCCUCGCUUCCUUCAUUCAGGCAUGCAUUGCCCUGAUUUACAUUGGGAACAGCACGGCCUUUUACUGUAUCCUCAGCGGCGUCUUCACCCUGCAAGUCUUGAGCUACGGCCUUCCGAUCGCAUUGCACCUGUUCCGUCGUAAGACGAUGAAUCUGACCUAUGGACCUUGGAAGAUGCGAUGGUACGGCUAUCUUGUGAAUGGCCUGGGUCUGAUACUGUACGCCAUCCUGUUUGUGGCAGUGUCUCUCCCCACAGGUUUGCCAGUAACAGCAGCAGACAUGAAUUACGCUGCUCCGAUCGCCGGUAUCACUCUAAUCUUGGCAACUAUACUGUGGUUUGCUUGGGGCAGACGGCAGUAUCUUGGGGCGAUGAUCGUUACAAACGGAAUAACAGCAGGUACUACUGAAGUCGGACAAGAGAAAGGCAUGUGAUCUAUUUCAUCUACCACGUGCCAUUCGGAUGUGUAUCUAUCCAAGCAAGCACCAGUGGUGAUAUCUGGUUGCUUCAUGGUGCUUGUGUUUUGGUUUUCGGGUCUUGUACAAACUCUUCCAAUACAACACUACUGUUUACUGAUUGGCACCUUCUUCUUUUCCCGAUACCAUAUUUAAGAUAGAAAGUCCCUA